AUUCUUCCAUCAUAUCAGUUCACAAUGCAACGAUUUAUUGUGAGUUUUCUUAACCUUUUAACGGUGGCUCUAGUUCUACCGGAAAUUGUCCAAUCCCGGUCAAAUCCAGUUGGUUCUUUCAAACUUCCUCUCGAUAAGACACAUUUCCUGCCCAACCGUAGUGGAAUUGUUCAUUUACACGAAUGGAAAUUUUUGGAUAUUGCCAGGGAAUGUGAAGAAUUUUUAGGACCUCAUGGCUAUGCAGCUGUUCAGACCUCACCUGCUAACGAAUACCUAAUUAUUCCCGGUCGUCCCUGGUAUGAACGUUAUCAACCAAUUUCCUAUAAGAUCAAGUCACGAUCUGGAGAUGCUAGAGAUUUUCUCGAAAUGACACGUAGAUGUCGCAAGGCUGGAGUACUGAUUCAUGUUGAUGUCGUUCCAAAUCAUAUGUCUGGAAAUACUCCUACCCGCCAAGCUAGGGGAACAGCUGGAUCGGAUGAUUCAGUUCCAAGUGAUUUCUCGUACCCUGGGGUGCCUUACAACUCGUCUCACUUCAACCACCCAACUUGUGGAAUCAAUAACUACGAUGAUCUCAGAGAAGCUCGUGUGUGUGAAAUGGUCGGUUUACACGAUCUCAAUCAGACUAUUCCAUAUGUUCAGGAGAAAAUCGCUAACUUCCUUAACUCUUUGACCGCUAUUGGUGCUGCUGGCUUCAGAGUUGACGCUGCCAAGCAUAUGUACCCCCAGGAUCUCAAGAAAAUCUACAGCAGAUUGAACCCUUUGUCGAAGGAACUUCGCCUCGCUGACAAUGCAUAUCCCUUCAUCUACCAAGAAGUUGGUGAUUAUUGGAAAUUCAAUUAUAGUUUCUUGGGAGCUGUAACCGAAUUUGCUCAUCCUACAAAUAUGGCCAAAUUCUUCAAAGGAGCCUCCAAUGCAAAUGCUCUCAAAAACUACGGUGGUCCACACAUGGGAAUGUUACCUACCGAGAGUGCUCUUAUUUUUGUUGACAACCACGACUUGCAACGUCAGAAUUCCUACACUUUGAAUUACAAGAGUCCCCGCGAAUUCACAGCUGCUUAUGUCUUCACUUUGGCCCAUCCCUAUGGUAUUCCACGAGUGAUGAGUUCAUUUGAUUUUAGUUCCGAUCAAGAUGGUCCACCACAUGAUCAGUCUUUCAAUAUUGAGAGUCCACGUUUCGAUGCGAAUGAACAAUGUAAAAACGGUUGGGUUUGUGAACAUCGUUGGCCAGCAAUUGCAAAUAUGAUUGCUUUUAGGAAUUCAGUUGGCAAUAGCCCAUUGACCAAUUUCAAAGCUGAUGAUAGUAAGGGUACAGUUUCAUUCUGUCGUGGCAAAAAGGGAUUCGUUUUGAUUAGUGCUGGAAGUCAUGAUAUUAAUGAAAAAGUUGCAACCUGUCUACCACCAGGUGUCUAUUGUGAUUCAGUGGCACAGAAUAGUGUGAAUAAGAAGUGUGCUCGUUCAGCACAGAUUGUAGUUAACGAAGAUGGAACAGCUCAAAUUGAUUUGCCAAGAAAUGGAAAGCAUUUAGCUGUUGCUUUGCACACCGGAAAUAAGGCAUAAAAGUUAUCACUAGAAAUCUUAUAGAUUAAUCAAAAAAAAAAAAAUAAAAAUAAAAUAAAUAUCCAAAGCAGUUUAAAAUAUCAUUUU